AUGGCGGGUUGGUGUUCUGAAAGGGACAGCGACGACGACGACGAGGUGCUUAAUCUUAAUUUAUUCGCUCGCAAAUCAUUUGGAUUUCAAGGAUUUUCAGAAGAGAAAGAAAAUACUUUGAAAAGCAUCGUUAAGCAAUUUGGCGCAACGUGUGAUAAUUUUCCAAAAUAUGUAUUUACCAGCGUCGAGUAUUUUAAUUCCUUGAUGGAGAAUAGCAGUCCCUUGUACAAUGUAGCAUUUUUUCGUGACUGCGUCGAUGCCAAUAGAUAUUUAAACAUAGAGCAGUAUAGAUUUGGAGCAAAGUGUCAUGAGAAGAAGGAUUUUCGUGAUUUUGAACCAUGCUGCGGGAACUUCCAUAAUGGUCAAGAAGCAUGCAUGGUGUGCGAUCCAACGUGGCUAAGGAACGCUAAGAGCGUGCGCUCGUACUACCUUGAAAUUUCUUACAGAUGCAGUAGAGCUAAAAGUACCAGAAUAGUUAAGUUGAAAAAUAAAUGUACAAUUAAGAGCUGCCCCGUCAAUUCUCGUCCACAUGAGAAACAUCCCAGAAGAAAAAAUAUUUGGGAACCAUGGGAAUGUCGACUUAUUCUGGAUUAUAUAAUCUGCAAUAAGCAAUUCUUCUGGGUAAAAAGUCCAAGCUUGUACAGGCGCAUAUUUUCGGAAGGCUUCUUAACGCACAGAACACCAGAGUCCAUGAGAGUAUAUUUCCGCACUAACAUUUUGAAGUUCAUCGAAACAUACGAUUUACCAAAGCCUGUUAUGAGGAUAUUGAAGCAAAUUCGCAAAGCCACAAAUGCAAGCAGGAUAGACAGAAGAGAGGCUCCUUUAAACAAAAAAAGGCUAAUGAAAAGGAAAAGGCAACCAGACCGUAUAAAAAAGAGAUUAAAAAGGCAUAACAAAGCUUUAAGGUUAUAGAAAGAAGAAGAAAAAUCGAUAGUAUUACAAGUACUAUACAAUAUUUGACAAUCGAUGAAUUUUAACGUUUAAAGAAGAAAGUAUGCUUUAUAAUACUUGUACAAUU